CCGAUCACUUAUCAGAGAAGCUUACAACACUCGAGGAAUUGUAAAACUUAAUCAUGGAGUAAAGGAUAACAAGAUGUUAUGUAAGAAAAUUUUUGAUAAAAUCGACGAACUUGAGAAAAAGCUGAAAACAUCCCAAACCACAACAAACGAAAGCGAUGAGGAGGACGAUGACUUCCCAAUUUGAAACAUGGAUGAUUUCGAUUCAGUUAACUUGAAACUUCAAAACAAAACAACUCGUAAACAACUGAGGAUCCGCCUUGACUCUAUUGGAGGAAAAAACAUCGGCGAUAUCGUCCGAAAAAUUUGUGUUUUCUGCUUGAAUAAAAAGUUUGCUCGAAACUUCAGUUGGGAAGGAAACAGAGGAAAUAUGUGUCUUAAAGACACAAUGCUUGGCAAAGUCAUGCUAGGUGUAAUCCUUAAAUAUGAAAAACCUAAAAUAAAAAGUCAUGAGGCGAUAUUGGCUAUUCAAAAUUGGCUGAAACAUGCAAAGGAUGGUAUGAAAGCAGAGUUGGCGGCGGCAGCGGCAGCAAAAAAAAAGGAGGAGAAUAAAAACAAUGAAAAAGAGGAUGAUUCCGAAAAAGACAGAAGGCCACUACCAUCUUCGUCCUCUGAUGAUGAAGAUUAA